UGAUUGGCUAAAACACUCAACAACAAAACACAAAGAUCUAAGUCAUGGAGGAAGAACUUAAGAGCUUGAUCAAGGUAUUGGUUAUUGCAAUCAUGUCCAUAUCUUAUUGUUACUAUUUACCACCCAAAAUCAAAUCUGGUAUUCCUCGAUUCCUCUCUGUUUUACCCAUCGUUGCUUUGUUUCUUGUUCUUCCUCUGUUUUACUCCUCUGUUCAUUUAUCUUUCAUCACAGCAUUUUCCCUCACAUGGCUCACAAAUUUCAAACUCAUUCUCUUUUCCUUUGAUAAAGGUCCUCUAAUCCCAAUUCCUAAAAAUCUCCUAUGGUUCCUCUUCUUUACUUGCUUCCCAAUCAAAGCCCAACAAAACCCUAAACCUAACACUCAUUUGCCCAAAUUAGUUUUCGCCAUUAAAGUUGCUAUAUUUGGUGUGCUACUACAUUUGUAUGGUUACAAACAAAGUAUGCCUCCCAUUCUGCUGAUGGGUCUCUAUUUUGUACAUCUAUAUCUAGAGAUUGAGAUUAUUUUUACGUUACUCAAAGUUUUUAUCUCUAUAUCUCUCGGGUGUGAGCUCGAGCCACAGUCAAACAAACCAUACUUAGCCACAUCUUUACAAGACUUCUGGGGUCGUAGGUGGAAUAUUAUGGUUCCGGCUAUCCUCCGGCCAGCCGUUUACACACCAAUGCGGCGAGUUUCUGAACGCCGGAUGAGCUCUAGUUGGGCUUUGUUUCCGGGGAUAUUGGCAACGUUCAUCGUCUCCGGUUUGGUUCACGACUUGCUCUUCUUCUAUUUAACUCGUGAGAUGCCUACAGGGAAAGUUACGCUGUUCUUCGUGUUACAAGGCGUUUGCAUUGCGGCGGAAUUGGCUGUGAAAAAGAAGACAACGGUGAUGCAGCGGUGGAGGUUGAGUCCCACGGUUUCACGGAUACUCACGGUAGGGUUUGUAUUUGUGACUGGUUUUUGGUUGAUGACACCUCAGCUUACAAGAAGUGGCGUUAUGGAGAAAUACACCAAUGAAGCUUUGUAUUGUGUUGAUUUCGUUAAGCAUAAGUUACUUUGGCUUGUUGGGGAUAUUUACAACUAGUCUUAAUUAAACACAAGUUAAUCGUUAAAAUAAACACAAUUUAAUCGUUGUUUAGUCUUUUAAGAGUGUUUACAAUCAGCGUUUUGGUUUGUUUUAAUUUGAUUUUUAAAAAGAAAAUAAAAUCAUUGGAAUUUUGUUAUAAA